UCUAUCUUACAUCGUUCUCUUUUUUCUUCUCCUAGGGAGAACAAAACAUAGGGCGCACACCUUUCGUUUGAAUUUAGAGGAGAUGAUAAGACUCACAAGCCCUUUUCAGUCAAUCCAACCCCAGAAUUCCAAGAAAAAUGCCCCAUAACAUGCCUCGAUUUUCUUAGGCGACAAAGAAAUUAUCUUCUCGAAAUCUCACUACCAGUGUAAAGCGUGCCUUAGUUUUCCACAUCACGCUCCCUCCAAUCAUUGUUGAAGCAUAGCAAUCUCUUCUAUGUACACCCUUUGAUCUCUCAGAUCACAUGUUAAUGGACUAUCUUAGAGAAAUGGAAGUUAAGCGAGUUCAAGAUCCUCUUGUAGCUAACAUGAAGGAACCUGCAACCUGCGUAAAUGGGCCUUUGAUAGUUGGCGCUGGCCCGUCGGGGCUCGCCACUGCUGCUUGCCUAAAAGAACGAGGUGUGCGGAGCUUGAUCCUCGAAAGGACUGAUUGCAUAGGCUCUUUGUGGCAACACAAGACCUAUGACCGCCUUCGCCUUCACCUCCCGAAGCAAUUCUGCGAGCUUCCCCAUAUGCCAUUCCCCAAAGACUUCCCAACCUACCCGACAAAGCAACAAUUCCUUGCCUACUUGUAUUUGUACACCAAACGCUUUGACCUGAGGCCGGUUUUCAAUCAAACAGUCACGAGUGCGGAGUUUGAUCAAAGUUCACGGUGCUGGCGAGUCAAGAGCUCGGGUCAUAACGGGGAAGAGACUGAAUACUUGAGCCGGUGGCUGAUUGUGGCGACCGGGGAGAAUGCCGAGGAGCUCGUCCCACAAUUUGAAGGGAUGAGCGACUUUGGAGGGCAGAUUCUGCACACAAGCUCUUACAAGAGUGGUGAGAUUUUUUGUGGGAAGAGAGUAUUGGUGAUUGGAUGCGGGAAUUCGGGCAUGGAAGUGAGCUUGGAUCUUUGCAAUUUCAAUGCCUGUCCAUCUCUUGCUGUUAGAGAUUCGGUGCACGUCUUACCUCAAGAGAUGCUCGGACGAUCGACUUUUGGGAUGUCCAUGUGGUUGCUCAAGUGGCUCCCCAUCAGCCUAGUGGAUUGGUUUCUACUAUUGAUGUCGUAUUUUAUCCUCGGCGACACCACUAGCUACGGCCUUAAUCGCCCGAAGGUCGGACCUCUCCAGCUCAAGAGCAUGUCUGGCAAGACGCCGGUGUUGGACGGGUGCGCUUGCAAAAAAAUCAAAAGUGGACAUAUCAAGGUUUUCCGUGGGAUAAAGAGAAUACGACGCCAUGCCGUGGAGUUUGUUGAUGGGAAAUCGGAGACCUUCGAUGCUAUUAUCCUCGCGACAGGGUAUAGAAGUAACGUGCCCUCGUGGUUGAAGGAGGGAGACAUGUUCUCUGAGGAAGAUGGGUUCCCAAAGAAGCCAUUCCCAAAUGGAUGGAAAGGCAAGAACGGGCUGUACUCCGUGGGAUUCACCAAACGCGGCCUCCUCGGUGCUUCCUUGGAUGCGAGAAGCAUUUCUCAAGACAUUGGGUAACUGUGGCGUUUAGAUGUUGAAGGCAUGCAUUUCAGGGCUUUGUCUCAUGCAACACCUCUACAUCCCUAAACAGUUGGAAUUAUAAAUCCUUGAUUUCAUCAAUUAGGAUCGGAAGCAGCAACAUGUUGCUGAUUUAAGUGGGAAA